GUUUUUUACUAAAAUAUAACGAACACCUAAUGUGUUGCGAAAUCGUCCAUAAAUAAUCCCUGACCUAUGCAAACAUUUCGAAAUGCACAUUGCGAAAUUAAAUCAGGAAAUUGUCGACUUAAUAAUGAAAGAUUCACAUUAAAGUGCUCAAAAAGGACAAGAUAAGACAAUGGCUGUAAACACAAAACUUGUAAUUGUAAUAGUAGUGGUUGCUUUAGCGAUCAUGAUAAUUGCACUGAUUGCAACAUCACUGAAGAAAUUGUCCUCUGAUCAAGUUGGUCUCAAGUAUGAUACAAUCAACAAAAAUCUUGAUGAAACACCCCAGAAGGAAGGUCUUCACAAUGGGCCACCAGGCUUUGAAUUCAUAAUAUUUCCCAGUGUCUACAAGACAUUGACUUUUGAUGACUUGCGGUGUUUGAACAAGGAUGGUGUGAUCAUUACAUUGGAUGUCUCCUACCAAUACAAGGCCCAGCCCGCCAAACUGCACGAGAUCGCCAUGAACUUUAAGGACUACGAAGGCUACAAGAAAGUGCUGCAGUUUACUGGUGAGUCAGCUCUCCAUGAGGCGUGCAGUUAUUUCGACACUGCCCAGUUUCAGGCAGAGCGCGUCCGGUUCCAAGAGACCGUUCGUAACGUGACUGUCAGAAAAUACGCGACCCUGUAUAGUGACAUCACUGACCUGCAGGUGAGCAACAUAGCACGUCCAGCAGAAUACGAGGAUGCCAUUCGCAGCAAGGAGAGGGCAAGAGAGGACAUUGAGGUUGCCAAGAAUGAGCGACCUCGACUUCUCACAGAGGCCAUGACGAAGUACCGGGAGGCAAACACCACGGCUGAGAUUCUCAUUGAUAAGGCAGAGUCCGAGGCGAGGAUCCUGCAGAAUCGGGCUGCACAGGAAGCUGCGGCCAUCAUUGAGCAGUACCAGAAGGAGUCUGAGGCCUACAAGGAGAUCCUGUCUCCCACUGGGCUUGGCUUCACAAUCGACGGCUUCAUCUCCUACAUGGGGGUGCGUGUGAUAUCCUCUGCCAAGAACCCCGUCUACAUUGGAAUGAAGAGUCCCGCACAGACGUCAUAUUUGCCGUAGAGAUUGUCUGCAAUUUAAUACUCGAGAUGGUUUUAUUAUACAAUUUCGUCAAAUUGUCGUACAAAAAUAUUUUUUUUAGAUAUUUUAUAUUAUUGUGUAAAUCUAUAGAUAUCCUGCAGAAAUUUUUUCUUAAAUGAUGCAAUUUUGUUAUGAAGUGGCCGAUUUCCCUUUUUACCAAGAUAUUUUUUACAAAUGAUGCAAUUUUCUCCUCUUUCAAGUUCAUUGAUGACAAAAGUGUUUCUGUCAGUUUUGUUGAAAGAUAUUUAUUCUUAAAGUAAAAGCUUGGCUCUUGCUCAUAACAAGAAGUAUGUUUAAUAAAGCCAGUAAAACAAAGAUAAAUAACAUCAAAAUAAGACAGUUAAUUUAAUUUUUAAUCGGUAAUUUGCAUCUGUAUUUUUGUAUGAAAUUCUGAUGAGAUUAUAUAUACCAUCUGUAUUCAGGGAUGAAGGAAUGAUCAAUACUAAACUGGUGCUAAGAAAUCUAAAAUGUGUAGCUAAAUUUUAGAAAUAUAUUUAUUUUUGUUCUGUUUAGCAUAACAAGUGGUCAAUAUUUUCCCUGUGCUCAAAACGUGUUUCAUAAUUUGAAAAUACAUUUUACUUAAAAUGUGAACAGUUUUCUGAUCAAAUAAUUUGAAAAUACAUUUUACUUAAAAUGUGAACAGUUUUCUGAUUAAUUCCUUACAAAAAUAUGAUUCUAAGAUACAUAAGAAAUAUUUUUCUUUUUGUCACUGAUUAUAAAAUAUUAACUAAAAAUUUACCAGAUUUAGCUACAUUUCUUGUAAUAUGCGCAAAACGAUUCUUUGCAAUCCUGACUGAGUUAAAAAAAAGCUCAUGUAGAAAAUGUCACACAAACCUGCUUCUUAUAAUCAAAUCUGUUAUGUAACUUGUCAGAACUUUUCUUAGGAUGCCAGAUUUUGGUGUUGUUGCCAUUCAUAAUCGCAUCAAUAUUUUCUAAAUGAUGGUUCAUGGGUUUUUAUUUUCAAAGAAUGUGCCAUUUUUUAUGUUUUGAAAUGCACACUUAUUAUUUUGAGUUUAUUUGUCUCCCUUAGACUUGCCAAAUUUUAAACAAUUUAAGCUUACCACGUACUUCGGAACUUUCGUGUAAAAAACAUUGCAUAUUAGUAAUACUUAUGAUUUGGUGUCAACAAUUUUUGUUUUUGGUGUUUUUUGAUAGACAUGAGCUGUAAGACUAGACAGUUUAAGUCAUUUCCAAAUAAAUGUGUUGUCGUUUGUGUUAAAAGUAUACUAUUAAAUGUAGUUAUAUCACAAUAUAUUAGCAAAAUGUAGCCUAUUGUGUAUUUUGUAUAGUAUAUAAAUGUUAAGUAUUGUUUUAUUUGUUUCUGCUCAAAAAUCAGGAAUGUAAUUUUUAUUAAAAAGACCAAGUUGAUUUUUAACAAUUUUUAUACACACUGGUAUGGACAAUUUAUUAAUUUUUUAAGAAAUAUGUUACUUUUUUAAUUUGCGACACACAGAAAUGACAAUUUUGAGGAAUAAUUCUCACCAAUAGAUAUGUAUUGUUUUUGUUUCAGUUUUCUUUUAUUUUAGAAAUACUACAGCAAGGGAAUGGUUCUCUGUCAAAAUGAAUUUAUUUUGGGACCCUUGACAGUUUUAAAAAUCAGUUUAAGGGUUAAAGGGUACUAUUGAUCGCUAAUAUCGUAACAUAUUUUUCCAAAUACGAAUAAAAAAAUUGUUGAUAGAGAAAUAUUCACACUAAGAUCUGUUAUAAAAAUAAAGAUCAAAAUAUUGUUUGCCAAUCUUAGUCAGACAAUUGAUCACCAUGACAUUAUUGGAAAAGUGUGAUUGAGCUGUAAAAUGUAUGAAAUAUAGUGAUGGUAAGCAAUUACAUACUCAUUUUACCAUGUUUCCACAAGCAAAUUUUUGGCAUGGUUAAUAAUUUUCCUGUACAACCCUUUCAAUGAAGUACAUGUAUUUCUACAAGAAAACAUAAAUGGAAAUGGGAGUAUGCCAUGCAUCUAAACAUCUACAUAUUUACAGGAAAUACCUUUGAUAUGCCCCUAAAUAAGUCUUAAUGUCUUCUUCAAGUAAUUGUCCCUUUUUUAUUCAUUGAAAUAUUAGUACUUAACAUAUCUGCUAUAAGUUUGCAAUGCAAUGAACUUUUGUUCCUGUUUUCAGCUUUUACGGGUAUGGGUUCUGCUCAUAAUGUUUUUGCCCUGUCUGUUGGUUUGUUUGUGUGUUUGUUUUUUUAUACAUAUUAAUAUUGUAUUUGUUACUAGAUUUUUUUUAUAAUCUCUUUCUAUCAUAAUACUCUUAAAGUAUUGUCUCUUCUCUUUUUAUACAUAUUUAUUAAAAAUCCUUUGUAUUUUUGUACCAUUUUUGUACUUAUACACAUGUUAAUGUUAUCAAUGUAAACAAUUAUAAUUUUUUAUUUUGUUUAAAGAUGUAAACAUAUUUUAUCAUGUAGACAUUAAUAUAAAAAACUAAGGAUACACCAAUAGCUAAGGAGCAAUGGCCUACUCAAUUUUAAAUACAGUUGGAUUAUUAUAACUGCGGUCAGCAUCAUGGAACGUUGGAGUUUAAACCAGUUCAACAACUUGUGAAACCUCGUAUUGGGGUUUGAACCAGUUUGACAAAUUGCCGAAACUCACAUUGGGGUUUUAACCAGUUCAACAACUUGCCAAACCUCACAUUGGGGUUUAAACCAGUUCAAUAACUUGCCAAACCUCUUAUUGGGGGGGGGGGUUAAACCAGUUCAACAACUUGCCAAACCUCACAUUGGGGCUUAAACUGGUUAAACACAUUGCCAAACCUCACACAUUGAACAAAUUGUAUCCGCAUUGAGGCAAUGUCUUUGUUGCAGCAUAAUAAAGCCUUUUGCUUUAACAUGAUUAACAAUGGUCUAGGUACUCUAGUCACUGCUUUUCAACGGUAUGCAAUAUAGUAACUUGUUACUUAAAAUUGUGAAAUUUGUUUAGAAUUCGGUUCUAUGACAACAACAGAGUUAGUAGACAAAUCUUGUUUUGGAAACAUUAAGUUUUACUCAAAUACUUAACCAGUGGGUGGAUAAAAAACUUUAACAUGCAAAAUAUUUUGAUUAAGCAUAAUGUUACUGCUGCAUAAUUUGGUUUAUGUUUUCAUAGUACAAUAGUAUACAUACAACAGCUGGUAAAUGAAUAAUUGGAAUUCCAUUUCGAAGCUUUUGUGUUGUUUUUGAAAGGGCAUUACAAUAACAUUCAUUUUAAAUUACGUUUUGAUGAAUUGUUAAACAGAAAGAAAAUACUGUAUUUAAAAUAUAUUAAAUGAUUGUAUUGUUAAUUCAAUAGCAUAAUUAUAGGCUUUGAAGAUAAUGUUUAUGUUAAAAUGAAAUAGUGAAGAAUAGAAUAGACAUUCAUAGUUAAUUGAGUUAAUUGAUAUUGUAAAUCAUAUCACAUAAGAGAUUUUUGUGUAAUACCUACGCAAGACAAUAAUUUUGAAAGUUAAAAUUAAAGAAAUUUAACACGAAUAAAGCAAUGUGAAAUGGAAACGAUUGUUCCAAUGUCUUCAAUUAUUUUGUCUACUAUGUAUGUCGUAUAUAUUUCCGUUGCUUUUACUUAUGUGACAAAAGCUCUAUUGAUCCACACAGUAAAGGAGCAUUUAAGAUUUAAAGGGACCUUUUCAAAUAUUUUGACAUGUAUUGAACUUGGUCAUUAAAUGCUUUAUAUUGAUAAACAUUUGAUCUAAAAAGCUCCAGUAAAAAACAAGAAUAAAAUUAAAGAAAGAAAAUGUAACCCUCAAGUGGGCUUGAACCACUGACAGCUGGAGUAAGUCUAACGCUUAGACCACUCGGCCGGCGAUCGGUGCUCAUACAAUGAGUGAUGUUUUUUAUACUUUAUAUAAGCAAUCCUCGUUUUGUCACAAAAUAUAACGACAAAUACAGAACUCUCCAAAUUAUAAAAUCGUUUUGUCUUGCAACUCUUAAUUAUUUUCAGGUGUUAAAAUCUUCUAAAGAUGCCUAUAAUGGAUAUUUUAGAGCAUGGUAAAUGUUCAGUAUUACUGUUUCCUCACAAAUAUAAUAACUACAACAAAAAUUUGCGGAUCAGAAUUUUUUUUCUUAAUUUUGUCAAUUUAUCUAAACGUGAAAAGGUCCCUUUAAUAGCCAUUUUGAGUUUCACUGACAGCUGUACAUUGCAUUGUUGUGUUAUAUCAGUCACCCUUAGUUACGUGAUUCAGUUAUAAACUUGUUUGUUAAAUAAUGUGUGUUACUCCAGUUAAGAAACCUUAUUAAAAAUAAAGUAAACUUGUAUCCAUGUGA